AUGAAUGGGGGAGUGAAUGGUACUAUGGAGGACCUCAAGGAGUUAUCUCAAAAAGAUUCCCCGGAACAUAAUGUGGAUACCAAUGAAGAGACCAGUCUGGAAACAAAACAUUGCGAAAGUAGUCAAUUAGAACCUUAUGAUCAUGCUGCCAACAAUACUGAAGGCUUAGAAAAUAAUGAUAUAGUAUUAGCAGAAGAUACAAAUAGUUACAGUACAGCGGACCAUGAACCAGACAAAUGCCUUAUAGAAACGGAUGUGCAGCAACAUGAAGAUGUCUGUAACAAUACUUUAGAAAAACAUUGUAGUGAUAGCAAUGAAUCACAUACUGAUUCUUUGAAUAUUCAACUGAACUCUGAAUGUGCACUCGAGGAGCCAGUGGGCUCUUUACUACAAAUAGAUAACAGUAAAGAAGAUAGAGUUCAUUCUAAUAAUGGGAUAUCCGACGAAGUUGAAACGGAGAAUGAAUCAUCAGAAGAUGAUUCUUCGGAGACUUCAUUAGAACCAAGAGCAGAGGAAACCGUCAGCAUUAAUUCAGAAUCAGAAACAGAAGUGCAAGAUGAUUCCUCCCAAGAAAGUGAACAUAGAUUACAAAAUAAUGAUGUAGUCUUACCACAAAAUGAUAGGUCUGAUACACUUAAUGGAAGUUUAAACGACUGCUCAAGCUCCGAGGUUCAUGAAAUUCCUAGUGAUAAUGAAGAUUGUGUUAUAGAAGAGGAGCAAAAACCAGUUGUGGACAAUAAAGUGACUCAGUUAAGAAGAAGUAGCAGGACUAUCAAAAGAAAAAGGUACGAUGAUGAAAUAGGAAACGGUGAUCGGGAAUCCGACUUAGAGGACCUUGUUCUCGAUGAUUGUUAUAAGCGGAAAACAAAACCUAUAUUUAUUAAUGACACUAAAGCUUUGGUCGAGAUGGUUUCGAAGCAAAUGAAAUCAGGUUUUCAAAAGAAAGAACCUACGGUAGUUAUCAUUGAUACAAAUUCCACUGGAAAAGCGCAUUCAGUGAAAAGGAAUAAUAUGUCGUCUAUUAGUUCGUCUCUAGCCGCUCAAAGCUUAUAUCAAAGUAUCGUAGCCCGCGGCACCACGGUCACUCCUGUUAGCAGCAAGAAUAAUAACUUGUCGAGUCAAAGUAACUCCAGCUCACAGCCGUUGAUACUACCUUCUCUAACAGAUGAUAUGUUCGUUGUUGAAGCACCUUCUUUCAUAGUACCUUAUGUAUAUGAGAAACCUUCUAUAAAACCUUUUAGAGAAUUUGUAAAUAAUUUAGGUAACGAAUUAAAAGAGCAAAGAGCCAAAGAAGAAAAAGAGCUGAAGGAUAAAGAAAAAGAAGAGAAAGCAAAGGAUAAAGUGAAACAAGAAAAAACGGAAAGUGAUGAAUUAGAAGAGUCAGAAGAAGAACACGAAGAUGAUGGCAAAAAGGAGAGUGUAGCUGAAGAAAAAAGUAAAAAGAAGUCUGAAGAUAAAAGAGACAGACGUCGGACCGGCCAUGAUGAUGAUGCUUCCUGGGAUGGCGAAUCAUCUACAGAUACUGAGGAAGAAAUCGGAACUGACGAAGAAGAUAAGACCGUCGUAAUUAAAGACAAGGCCGAUGCUAUUGAUGAUAUAAAAGAUGUCACAGGAUUGACUGUAGAAAAAGUUGUCACUGGAAAAUCGGAUAAUUAUUUUGAUCUCUCCCUUGGUAAAUUUUUCAUGAAUAUCGGCCUCAAUCUUGUUCAGGAGUUUGUGCAAAAUGAUUUACUUAAGCAACAGAACAGAAAGCUUUACAGAGAAAAGAAAGCUGGACAUAGUACAAAAAUUACAGAGUCAUCGAUAGUAUCACUUACCAAGAAUCUAGAAUUCAGUAAGGAAAACAAUGCACCAUACAGGUUUAAACAACAUAAAUGUGAGUUUUGUAGUUUCAAAUCUGAGUCACUGCUGGUCAUGGCUCAUCAUUUGGAAACACCUCAUAUGAAAAAUAGUGUUUAUAAGUGCAACUUUUGCUCUUAUGAAAGUAGAAGUCCUCAUGAUAUACUGUACCAUUUGGAAGCUGAGCAUAAUACCAGAGGGAAGUUGGAAAGGGCACCCUCAAAUCAUCAGUGCGCUAAUUGUCCUUUUGAAGAUAAUGGAAAAGGAAAGCUCGCUCGCCACAUAAUAUCAUGUACGAAAAAGUUUAAACCAGAAUUUAAUUUGUCUCCACCCAUUGAAUGGGAACCCCCAGCAAAAAUACCAAAGAUUGGACGAGCUCGUAAUCCUAUGAUGGGUUCAUAUACAAGUUCUUUUCACCGAGGGCAAGUGGGUAAUAAUAUAGGCAGGCCACCUAUAGGUAACGUUAUGACGUCAUCUGGCUAUCGUCCUCGAGGUCGAACUCCUAUGUCCAUUCCGCCCAGAUCUAGUCCUGUUCAGGGUAUUCCGAUACUUCGCAGCGGAAUAAUGGUCAGGCAUGCAAACGCAUCUGGUGCCAAUUUUCCUAAUAAUGGAAAGAACUUAGGAGUAUCCAAAUCUCUCCAUCAACCAUCCAUAUCCAUCACUACAUUGCCACGGCAGCCACAACCACAACAACAGCCACAGCCAUCACAACAGAAUAAGAACACAUGUGUGAUCUGUGAAAUAUGUGAUGGUUAUAUUAAAGAUUUGGAGCAAUUGAGAAACCAUAUGCAAUGGAUACACAAAGUGAAAAUCCAUCCUAAAAUGAUAUACAAUCGGCCCCCUCUCAAUUGUCAAAAAUGUCAAUUUAGAUUUUUCACAGACCAGGGCUUGGAGCGACAUCUGUUGGGAUCUCAUGGCUUAGUUACAAGCUCUAUGCAGGAAGCAGCGAAUAAAGGCAAAGAUGCUGGCAGGUGUCCCGUUUGUGGAAGGGUGUACCAAUGGAAGCUUCUAAACCACGUCGCAAGAGAUCAUCACUUAACGUUGAAGCCAGCCCACCUGUCAUAUAAAUGCACUGUUUGUACAGCAACUUUCGGCAUGUAUAAGCAAUUUGAAAACCACGUUUAUUCGGCUCAUAGCGUUGUAGCUAAACGUGUUAUGGACAAAGGGAAACCAGCGCCUUCGACGAAGGCUGGACAGUCACUAUUAAAGCCAUUGAAGAUUAACGACGAAAUCACAAUCAUACCGCAACCAGUUAAACCUACCACACCACCGAGUAAAGAGAAAUAG